AUGGCCCUAUGUGUACCGUGCGUUUCCAGUUGCCAGCUGCCCGGAACCACAGCCAGCGACCUGGUGCGCCCGGUGUUUUUCCGGGACGGCGUCAGAACGGAAUACCUGGGUACCGACGGGAGGCCGCUCACCACCGAUCGGGUCAAGUUCAACCCCAACGAACUGAUUCAGCUGUCGUUCAGCGCCUUGAGAGUGGUUGGUCGCUCUUCGGCACAGGACGAUUGCGAGCCCAACACUGUCCCCUGCCACGAGUUCGUCGAGGAGCCAUGGCUGGAAGACAAGUUGAAGCUGAUGGCCGAAUCUACCCCCGUGCCCAACACACCCAAGGAUGCCAAUGGAAAAUCCCUGUCGAAUGAGGAGGCCGGAGGUAACGUCACCGGUCCGGAGAAACGCCACGAGGGUUGCUACGCGGCCUGGGAGUUCAUGCAGCUGCCCACCACCGACCUCGACCAGCUGAGGCCGAGGAUUUGCCGUCGAAGGUGCCCCUCGCUGGGAGAGUUGACCUGCCACCGCAUCCAGGGCUUUCCUGACGCCCCACCCGGAUGUCGUUCCGCCGACGAAUUCGCCUACGCCACCGGACGGGACCCGCUCAUCAGCGACACCGACGUCCUCUGCGUUGCACUGGGUGGCAACGCUUCUUCGUCGGUCUUUCCAUUCAGCCACGUCGUCGUGCUCUUCCUCUCCCUCCUCUACACGCUCAACCCGAUGGCC